AUGACAAGCGAGACCACAACGAGAACAGUAACUCCCUCUGUCACAAGCACAACCAAUCCCUCAUCAACUACUCCUACAACCACACCAACCCCAACAAGUGAACCCACUACGAGUACUGCAACUACCACUGCAACAACUAUCCAAACUUCCACACCUCAGUCUUCCACCACAACCCCAACUACUUCCAGUGCCAGCAGCAUAGUAAUGACAAGUGAGACCACCACCAUCCCUGAGACUCCCACCAUGACCACCAUAACCACAAUCUCACCCAGCCUCUCAACAACCUCUUCUACAGCCACACCAACACCCACAACUGUAUCUAGCACCUUGUCUGAAUCUACAACCACUCCCAUACAAAGCAGCACUAUCACUGCAACAAGCCUGACAACAACCAGCAACGGGACUCCCACAUCACCCACAAGUGCCGCAACAACUACUGCAGAAACUAGCCAAAUGAGCACACCCCAAUUCACCACAACCCCAACUUCAACGACUUCUACCACCAGCACUAUGGUUAGUACAAGCCAGACAACUAUUAGCACAGUGACUCCCACCAUGACACCCACCACCACAAUCGCAUCUAGCACCUCAACAACUUCUUCUACAACCACAUCAACACCGACAAAGGGAUCCACAACCUUGUCUACUCCUGUAACCACUCCUUCACAUAGCACCACUGUCACUCCAACAAUCUUGACUACUACCAGCACCAAGACUCCCACCUUAUCACCCACUACAAGUGCUGCAACUACCACUUCAACAACUAGCCAUACCUCCACAGCUCAAUUCUCCACCACAAUCUCACAUUCGCCAACUGCCAGCACUAUGGUUAGUACAGGCCAGACCACAACCAGCACAGAGACUCCCACUUCAUCCUCCACCAUUAGUGAUACAACUAUAACUGCAACAACAAGCAAAACAAGCACUCCUCCAUCUAUCACCCCAACUCUAACUUCCACCACUCCCACUGUAAGCACCAUGGUUAGUACAAGCCAGGCCACAACCAGCAUAGAGAUGCCCACCUCAUCGCACAGCAUGAGUUCUACCACUAUAACUGCAACAACUAGUCAAACAAGCAUACCUCAAUCUACCACCACAACCCCAAUGUCAACCACUCCCACUGCCAGCACCUCGGUUAGUACAAGCCAGAUCACAACCAGCACGGAGACUCCCACCACGAAACUCACCACCACAAUCACAUCCAGCUCCUCAACAACUACUUCUAUGACCACUCCAACGCCCACAACUGAAUCCACCACCAUAUCUAUUCUUACAACCACUCCCACUCUAACCACUGUGGUCACUCCAACAAGCCUGGCUACAACCAAUACCAAGACUCUCACCUCAUCACCCACCACAAGCAAAUGUGAGAAUGGUGGCACCUGGAAGCAGGGGAGCUGUCUCUGUCCCCCUGGAUUCUCCGGGGACCACUGCGAGCUGAUGGUGAAUCGGUGUGAAAACGAGGGUCAGUGGCAUGGAAAAAAAUGCCAGUGUCCCAGUUCCUUCUACGGUACCCACUGUGAGCUGGCCAAGGAGGAAAUGGUAGUGGGCCCUGGUCCCACUUCAAUGCUUCUUGCCCUUCUGGCUGAGGUGGGUGGUAGGGUGAGGGUGGUGCCUCCUUGA